UACACGUUUAGCAAGUGGUGGGCAUCGUUGGUUGCAAUUUUCGAACAGAACAGGGCUGAUCGAUCACGUGACCCGGUAAUUUGCAUUUCUUUUUUCAAGUUUUUUUAAGGUUAGUUUACCUUACCAUCUAUCAUUCCUGGAGAUUUUAACAAUGGGCUUUGGAAAAUUUGCAUAAAAUCACAAAUAACUGAGAACCGGGCCUUAAUCUACUUGAGAAUGCAGUGGGCAUUACUUCAACAGAGGCGGUAUAACGUUGGCAGACCUUCCAUUGUUAAAAUGAAUUCAAAUUUCCCUAAUUUCUACUUCCCCUACUUCCCUAAGUCACAAUGUCGUGUAAAUUGUUGAAUCCACUAGGCUAUGGAUACUAAAUAGUGCAGUAAGACUGAGCAGCUUUUUUGUGUUAAUGGACGAACUUGGCUUGUGGAUACAUGUUUCUCCUUGUCUUCAUUUUCUGAAUCUUCUCAGUUUUGUUAAGUUACUUUUAGGCUGGACAAACCUGUAUUUAACUGUCAACCUAGCCUGGACUAAGCAGUCAAUUAACCAUUUCCCAAUGAUGCAUGUUUAACUCAGUGUAUUCUACUUGCUCAAGACCGCCGCUGACUUUGUUCUUUUGGCCAUAAUCUACUUUAAAGGAUCAAUGAAACAUCUCCUCCAGGUCGAUGAACCCCUUAUUUGACCUCGUUCGUUUCUUCACAACUUAUUUAUUAAUGACAAAUAAACUAUAUGGCGAAGUUAUGGUGUUGUUUUUGGCAAAGGCAUUAAAGGGCCAGGAGAAGGCCAAGCUUGGAUGAUCUAGUAUUUAGUCAAAUUGCACCUGGUUUUGCAGACAAUGAAUUAUUGUUUUAUAAGGUAAUUACCUCUUAAUUUUCCAAGAUACCAAAAACUAAAUAAAAGUGUACUGUUGACUAAUCAUAAUCUGUCCAACAGGAUGAUUAUGGCUCAGUGGAUCACGGAACUAAUCCUCAUCUGUUUUUUAACACCUCUGUUUGCAACGACGGCCAACCAAGCUUUAGAUCGGUUAAAACUCCGCAAGCUAAAAGGUGAGAUAGAAAACCUCAGGGGCAACGCUAACAAGAUAAUCAACUACUUAACAGAAGGACCAGGAAAACAUCAAGUUUACGACAGAUUGGCAACAUUUGUGGACACAUUUGGCAGCCGUAUUGCAGGUUCUGCCAAUCUUGAACAUGCAAUAGAUUACAUGCUGGAAGAAUUACAGCAAGAUCAACUGGAUAAUGUGCAUGGCGAGGAAGUGACUGUGCCACAUUGGGUCCGAGGUAAAGAAUCAGCGCGUAUGAUAUUGCCAAGGAAUUAUCCCAUAGCAUUGCUUGGCUUAGGUAGUAGUGUUGGUACAACUCCAGAUGGCAUUACCGCUGAAGUGCUGGUUGUCCAAUCAUUUGAUGAGCUUCGGGAAAGAGCUGCCGAGGUAUGUUUCUUUUCUUGAUUCAUGUAUAGAUUCAUGUACCAUGGUAGCAAAGUUUCUGGAUCACAACAAUCUUUCUUGACAGAGACGGCUAUUUGCAUCGUCGAACGAUGGAAGAAAAGCAUGGGCUACCGUUUUGUUCCUGAGUGCAAUCAUGGACAGGAACAAAGUCGUACGUGUCAAUUUUUUCGUUUUUUUUUUCUGCCAUAUUUGCAGGACCACGGUUCGUUGAGCUCCAGAACUUUUGCUACCAUGGUAACGUAACGUAACUUCUCCUCCCUAUUACUGACACACAUUGAUAUUGUCUUAGUAGUAUGGGAGCAAUGGAACUCCAUUAAUGCGACCACUUCUCUUCAACUGCCGCCUCCCGGCGUGAGCGGUCACAGUCACCCAAAACACCAACAUUUCCCCAUCCAACAUCCCAAGCCUUAUUGUUCAAACCUCUCAGCGAGCGCCAGACCCGUUUUAAUUUUCCAUUGUUUUUAAGAGGGAAUCCAUCAGGAAACUGAGAAAUUUCAAUUUUCAGUGGACAAAAAUCUUGUACCAAAUGAUUAAAACAAUAUCGCAUUGUCUUUUACAUUUUUCAAGGGGUACAGAUAUAAUUAGUCAUCAAAGACUAUUUGUCACAGGAACCCCAUAAAUAAAUGUCAAAUUUCACAAGGAUUGUAAAACCACAAGAAGAUUCUGAAAAUAUCAUGUGUAAGGUGUCAUUUUGUGAAAUUUGACAUUUAUUUUCUCGGGCUUUCAUGAGAAAUUUCCUUUGGUGUUAUUGCAGAUAACUAAUUACAUCUAUAUAGCCCUUGAAAAAUGUAAAAAAAAAAUGCGAUAUUGUUUAAAUUAUUCUGGUACAAAAUUUUGUGUCCACUGAAAAGUACAAACGAGUCUAACAAACCUUAGGUGCGCUCAUUUUACUAUCUUCUCUCCAUCAAUCGAAACAAGGAUUAAAGAUUAUACCUGGGAAUCAAAUUCGAAAACUCCCGCAAAGCAGGCCGCCCAUAACGGACUGUACUAAAAACGGUGGCAACGGUGACUGACAACGGUGACAAUGCUGACAACAGUGACAACGGUGAUAAAAGUGAC